AUUUACCGGCAUGUGGUUUUGUGGAAGUCAGAACAUCCCAUGUUGUUUACACAAUAAUAAAAAGCAAUAACGAUGGAGGCAUGGGUGUGGUUAAAGAAAUAACACAAAAUGAGUCGGGAAAAACCGUCGCUCCCAUUUGGCUGGAUUGUGAAACAGUCGUCAACAUACCCAGAACGUGUGUACUACUUCAACACUCACAGCGGAGUGACAACAUGGGAAAUGCCUCAUCUUGUCAAAACUAACCAAGUGGCUAAGCCUGCAGCUCAUCAAGCAGGAAGAAUGCAGUUCAGUCCACCAUGCAGUCCCCGCUGCUCUCCGACCGAUUCCUCAGAGGACUCCCCGUACUACAGUGAAGAAGAGAAACUUGACCCCAAGAAUGAACCUGUGUUUAGUCAGUUCCAGAAGAACAUCUAUGAUCAUGUCAUUUCCAACUCGCCAUCUCACAACAAAGAUGAACUUGUAAAGCCUGUCAAAGAAGAAUCUUCACCUGGACAUCUGCCAAAGGUAUCACCUGGAAAAUGUCCAGAGAACACUAACAAGCACAAGGAUAGGGAGAAAGUGUUUGUGAAGGAGUUUAAGUCUAAGCCUGAUGAGAAAGUUCCUCGGGUUAAAUUCAAAAUAGAGACACCUGUAUCAAAAUUAGUGUUGAAAAAGGAAGUGAAUGACAAGUCAAGGAAGUUUGCACAAGCUGACCGGCAACACUCCUUUUAUAUUUCCAGAGUGUUAUCAGAAAUCAGAAAAGGUGUUGAGUCUUCUGAUAAUGUUAAAACUUCCAAGAAGAAAGUGUCGUCGAAAAGUGAUUCUGUUUCUAGUAUUCAGAGGAUGGAGCAAUACUCAUCACCACAUAGGAGAGAUGCUGGCAAGAGAGAGGUGGUCAGUUCAUUUCAGCAAAAGAAAACAGAGGACAAAUCUCCUCUUCCACAGAGGAGAGAUACUGGCAAGAGAGAGGUGGUCUGUUCAUCUCAGCAUUUCAAAACCCAAAAUACAUCUCCUCUUCCACAGAGAAGAGAUGCUGGCAAGAGAGAGGUGGUCUGUUCAUCUCAGCAAAGGAAAACAGAGGACAAAUCUCCACUGCCACAGAAGAGACAUGCUGGCAAGAGAGAAGUGGUGUGUGCAUUGCAGCAUAAAAUAACGCAGGACAAAUCCCCUACCUCUGCUAAGGCAGGUCAGUCUUCUAAUCAAGUGCUAUUGAAACAGGACAUAGUGCGUGAGAGCAUACGUAGUUCAUCGAGCAAAGGUUUGUUGACACGUAAAAGAAGGAUUUCAAAUUCUUCCACUGAUGAUGUUGUACCUGAAAAAAUUGCGGCAAAAGGUACAUUGUCUUUCAGAAUAUCAGUUGGAGAGAAGAGGAAGGUUAUAUUAAGUCCUGAAAGAAGGAAGACUGCUAAAAGUAGCCGACAUUCAUCGGGUGAUUCAUUCGACCUGAAUGUGGAAGAUGAAACGGUAGCAGAACAUCUUCACCUUGACAAUCAAACUACCUCAAGUGUUGGUGUUCAAUCAUCUGUGUUUGAAAGAUUGAAUGUUCCAAGUAAAGUUAGUCCAUUGAGCAUUCCAGGGAGAGACCCUGCAGUCAGGACACAGAAACCUAAUCAUCGACCAGACAUCAGGAGGGUGGUCUCAUCGGACAGUGAGCCUAACACUAACAACAGCGCCCCUGGAGACCCCCCCGGGGCUUGCCCCCCAUCACAGGCAGAUAGACUUGAUCGUGUCCAAGAGUGGGUAGAUCUUAUCAAGGGCUGUCAGGAGGUCCAACCAGAAACACCGGUUUGGUCUCAGGCUCCUGAUUCAGUGCAAGCCUUCCAGGGACAUCCCCAUAAUGAGGCAGAGAUCUGUGACAUGGAGGUGGACGAAGACACAGAUGAGGAACAGAUGGUUAUAGAUCUUCAAGAAGUCAGAGGAGAGUUGGAGCUCAGUUCUAGUCAGUCAGAGUUUUACCUGUCUCCACCAUGUCCUGCUACACAGAGUGAAACAGUCUCACAGGGCCUCUGUCUGGUGGUGGACACAAGUGUGAUGAUCGGUCAUCUGAAGCCUCUCUCUGACCUGCAUGAUGAGGAAAUACAAGGGUUCGGGCUGCCAACGCUGGUGUUUCCCUGGGUGGUGCUGCAGGAACUCGAUGCUCUCAAGGACAACCGGGCACGGCUCUCUCUUUCCAUGAGCUGUCAGAGCAAGGCGAGCCGAGCUGUGAAGUACAUCAAUGCCUGCUUCACUGGGAGACACCCCAGAGUAACAGGACAGUCUCAUAGGGAGGCUGCGGAGACGGUGGAGGGGCUGGAGAUUGAAUGUAAUGAUGACAGGGUACUACAGUGUUGUUUGCAGUUCAGAAACAAGUUUCGGGCUUCCAAUGUGAUUCUUCUGUCAGAGGAUGUCAACCUGUGUAACAAAGCCAUGAUGUGUGGACUGGAAGCCGGCAGCAUCAAGAAUAUCCAUGAAAUCUUGGUUCUGUCAAAUGCUGUUCAAGACCAAAGAAGCAAUCAAGAAUCAAAUGUAGCACCAGAGAUAGCAGUCAUGUCACAGUCAUAUCCCCAACCAGGGUCACAGGGGCCACGCCCCCACAGCCCCUCACUCACACCAGACAAACACCAUCAAACAACAUCAGUCACUCCUUGUCGUAAGGUGAACCGAGUCCAGAUUGAUGAAAUGGUGGUGAAGGUCAAGGCUGUGGUCAAGGACACACUUGGUCUGGUUCUUGAGACUGAGAUGAAAGCAGCAUAUGACGACAUUUGGAAGUCUGUUGUCUACAGAAAGCCCCCCUGGUCUGCUGUAGACAUCAUGGAAUCCAUCAAAAAGCACUGGAUGGCUGUGUUCGGUAUGAUCCUGCCUAAACAUAUAUCAGAGACUGUCAGCUCCAUCACCAGCAAGUUCCAGCCCUACAAAGUUCCCCUGCUGAGGAGCUGGGAGGUGCUGGAGCUGAUCAAGGAGCUGAUGCAACUAUUGGAGGCACUGCAGAAACAUUCCAGCUAUAAGGGCAGAGUAAGCAUUUCCAUCGACAAACUGAAGGCUGUGCAGAUGCAGAUGCAGCACCUGAAGACAACAUCAACACCAUCAACACCAUCAACACCGUCAUUAUCAACAGCUACACAGUUACGAACAUUCACAAACAAGCCUGUGGCCAGUCAGUCAUCCAGACCGACACAAGUCUAUGUAGACCGUCCUGAUCCAUCCGCCUGUACAGAUGUCACUCCGACUUCCUCAACGUUCGUCACAACCAGGCUCCGUACCCACCACCUCCGACUUUGAUGUCAAACCCUCCAUUUCCAGUCUAGCAGCAUCCAGAAUGAAGGCCAGACCUAAAGCCUCCAACAUCAACAACACCAUCACCACUGCCACCACCAGUACUGCCACCGCUGAACAGGCUGAUCACCCACAGGAUCUGACUGUCGUACACAACUGUUUCCAGCUUGUGUGGGCUAAUGUGUACCAAGUGUGUGUUGAGAUCGAGGCCUCCCUGCAGCAGUCCGUCAGCAAUGACUACCUCAGCCUACUGACCCGCCUCACCAGGAUCAUCAAGGACCUUCGAUAUGAGUUUGCCCUAUGUCUUUCAAUUUCUCCCGUAUGAAAUUCCUAAUGAGAGAGAGAAGUUUCAAAACUUCUGUGAUCAGCUGAACACAGUAUUUGUUAAGCUGAAGCAUAAGCCAGUAGUGUUCGAGUCAGUUACAGUUGAUGCAUUGAUGUCCUUCUUCCGUAACACAAGCAACAGGCCCAUCCUUCAGUCCGGUUUGAUUCAGCUGGACAACAUCAUCCGCAGCCUGUACGAACUGGUGAAGAAGCUGCCUGACUGAUGUUACUGGAUCUUACUUGGUGCUACAUGUUGAAGAUACGUGGACAUGUCAACCAUUAGGACCCUGAACUAUUGCCUGAAGGAUCUUACUUGGUGCUGCAAGUUGGAGAUACAUGGACAUAUCAUCCAUUAGGACCUGACAAACGGACAGACUGACCAACAAUCAUCCUGAACUGUUGCCUGAAGGAGCUUACUGGAUCUUACUUGGUGCUGCAAGUUGAAGAUACAUGGACAUAUCAACCAUUAGGACCUGACAAACGGACAGACUGACCAACAAUCACCCUGAACUGUUGCCUGAAGGAUCUUACUGGAUCUUACUUGGUGCUGCAUGUUGGAGAUACAUGGACGUAUCAUCCAUUAGGACCUGACAGACGGACAGACUGACCAACAAUCAUCCUGAACUGUUGCCUGAAGGAUCUUACUGGAUCUUACUUGGUGCUGCAAGUUGAAGAUACAUGGACGUAUCAUCCAUUAGGACCUGACAGACGGACAGACUGACCAACAAUCAUCCUGAACUGUUGCCUGAAGGAUCUUACUUGGUGCUGCAAGUUGAAGAUACAUGGACAUAUCAUCCAUUAGGACCUGACAAACGGACAGACUGACCAACAAUCAUCCUGAACUAUUGCCUGAAGGAUCUUACUUGGUGCUGCAAGUUGAAGAUACAUGGACAUAUCAUCCAUUAGGACCUGACAAACGGACAGACUGACCAACAAUCAUCCUGAACUGUUGCCUGAAGGAGCUUACUGGAUCUUACUUGGUGCUGCAAGUUGAAGAUACAUGGACAUAUCAACCAUUAGGACCUGACAAACGGACAGACUGACCAACAAUCACCCUGAACUGUUGCCUGAAGGAUCUUACUGGAUCUUACUUGGUGCUGCAAGUUGAAGAUACAUGGACAUAUCAUCCAUUAGGACCUGACAAACGGACAGACUGACCAACAAUCAUCCUGAACUGUUGCCUGAAGGAUCUUACUGGAUCUUACUUGGUGCUGCAUGUUGAAGAUACAUGGACAUAUCAUCCAUUAGGACCUGACAGACGGACAGACUGACCAACAAUCAUCCUGAACUGUUGCCUGAAGGAUCUUACUGGAUCUUACUUGGUGCUGCAAGUUGGAGAUACAUGGACGUAUCAUCCAUUAGGAACUGUUGCCUGACUGAAGGUAAUUGAGGAUCAGACAGAUGGAACAUCAGGUUGGACAAUCUUCCUGAACUUGUUGUUGGAUCUGAAUGGUAGAUGAUCAUCAGACAGAAGAUAACUGCAGUUUCCUAUGACAAUACUAACCAAACAGUUUGAAAUCAGGACAACUUGGGUCAAUCAACAGACUUGAAGCUUUUACAACAUGUACAUUAUGAACAAUUUGUUGACUUCUUGAUGAUGGGGGAAAGUUUUGAGCAGUUCAGUGAAUGCUUAGUUCCUUUCUAUCAGUUUUCUCAAAUGACUUUAUACGGUAUGUGCCCUGCCAAAAAGAUAUGUUUCUUAGCAACAUUGUGAUAUUUGUUGAAUGAUCUUCCUUGUUGACAUGGAUUUGAUGGAUGGAUGUGUUUGGAAUACAUGACUUAUGUUUGUUAAAUGUUGAGUGAACAUGAUGUUUCUUUAUCAUAAUAGUCCAUGAUAUUAAUUAGGGCUGCGACAAUUCGGUUCAAUUCAUCGAAAAUCGAAUGUGACACCUUAGUUUCGAUUUUUGAUAACCAUUAUCACUAUUUAGAUUAGAUAUUUGAAUACCUAUUUAAAUUAUUUCCAUGCAGCCAGAACAUAAUUUUGACUCCCAAGUCGAGCUACUUCGAGCGCUCAAAUAAGGCGAAACAUGACUGGUUGAUCCCGGGCUAAUUAUCUAGUGAGAAUUGUUGUUAGUAGACAUCGCCAAGUUGACGAUGGAUUUCACACUAAAAAGCCUACUCUGAGAAUUAAUGAAAUUUGAUGUUUACACUUGUAGGAAGAAUCAAAUCGAAAAUGAUCGAAUCAAGGGUCCAAUAUCGAAAAUCGAAUUGAAUCAAGGAUGGGUGAAUCGUUGCAGCUCUAUUAUUUAUGUGUCAAAUGUUGGUUCUUUAGCAGUUUGUUGUUUAAAUCAUGGACUUGAAGAUUAGUUUAUGGCAAAUUUUAUGUUUAGGAUUGUAUCUUUAAAGUUACUUUGUUACAAUGUUUUAUAGUGGAUGUUUGAAGCAUUGUCAGUUUUAAGUUGUAUGUAAACAAGAUGCAUUUAAUAUUAUUUAGAUGUUUUACCCUACUGCAGUUCAGGAUCCUUUUUUUAUGACAAGUAUGGUAGUGUUGAUGGUGACAUGUCUGUACUUAGCUGCCAUAACCAUAUCUCUGUGCAUUUCUCUCUAAAAGCAUCUUGACAUCCACUUUGGGAUAUUGUCCUAUUGUGUUGAGCAGCACAGGGAUGUAGUUAUCUCAAGAAGUCUGUAGUGAGAGUACCCAUGAAGAUCCGGGUUAGAAUGGGUCCUAAGCAACCCAUGCUUGUCAUAAAUGCGACUAACGGGAUCGGGUGGUCAGGCUCACUGACUUGGUUCACAAGUGAUUGUAUCCCAGUUGUGUAGAUCGAAAGCUGGAAAAUUGCUGAGUGCAGUGUUAAACAACAAAGAACCAACUUUUGUGAGAGAACUAUGAGUGAAUGUUGGUGUAUGCCCCAGUCUGCUGUAUAGUAAAUAUGUAAAUAUUCAAGUUCUGCAGACAAACCAUUGGUUGAUAUUAUAAGCAGCAUUCUAGGAUACAAGGACACACAGUCAUUCAGGUUACAUAUUGUCCUCCUCAUGGGGACAGGUGAUGUUAUCACAGUUUGGAAAUUUUAGUGUUAAUGUGACAAUAAUU